AUGCCCCCAAGUAGUGUACGCCAAUUGUGGCAAGAGGUUUCGUCCGCAGACAAUACUGGCCACAGCCUGCGCGUGGUUCGUGCCUUUCUCGAGGCCCGUGAGGUUCGGCCUCUGUCGGACGAUGAUGAACAGGCCGUGAACCACCUCUACGAGUGGAUCAGCGCUGUUGCUCUACCAUCACCGGUCUUUGCAGUCUCAUUCGAUGGAACUGCCGACAUCACCGAUGAAAUCCAACAAGCACUGGAUGAGAGCAGAUCCAUAUCAGAACAAGCUAUCGCAGUGCUAGCGCUUUUAAAUAAAACACUGCCAAUCCACAAGACCAAAGAUCCAUCCGAUCCCAUCCUCGCCCUGGCGAGUUUCACAUCCACGGAAGAUCCAUGGACCACGGCCGACAGCUUCGCCAACGCGACUGCAGUGCUGCAGCUAUACAGCCAGGCGACCGGAUCGGAUCAUGAAGCCGCACUCAGGUCCACCCUCCAGCGGAUUCUCAAAGAGAAGAUCCGGCCUCUUUUCACUCGGACCAGAAACCCCGCCAUCACCGGCGCUGGCCGUAAGAAUUUCCAUCCCGUACCGCUGGCUCGCUUCGAUGCGAGCAUUUUGGAUGAUGAGACGAGGCCGUGGAAGGGUAGUGAUCUCUACGCGAGUGCGGUUCUGACAUGGAUCAUGGCACAGUACCCUGUAACCGAUCAAAGAUAUAUCGAAGCAGACUUCCCGUUUCUAGUGCCAACAAUUCUGGCCCUGAUAGAUGACACAAGUCCCCCAUUCAAAACAAAAGGAUGCCAUCUUCUCACUCAACUUCUGUCCCCAAUUCGAGAAAACAACUCCGAUAUUCUUCGACGAACAAACCUCGCCUCUGUCUUCGAAGACGCCGUCACGCCAUGUCUCCUAUCUCUACCCACCAUCACACCAGAAGACACAUCUCUCAACCUCCUGGGCGCAGCGUACCCGGCAUUACGAGGUCUAUUCCAAACAGCCUACAGCCCCGAAACGAACAGCGAAGUAUACACCUCGCACAUGACAAAAAUCCUCCGCGCGAACCUCAUCUCUUCAUUCCACCAUAUCAGCUCCUCAACGCCAACUUCCAUCUCAACCACCACCUCCGCCUCAUUCCCGUACCCCCGUCUAUCUACUUUUCUGACGAAACAGAUCAGCGUAUGGGUAAAUGAGCUGGGCAUUCACACCACGAAAUACCUCCAAGACCUCGUACCCAUCCUCUACGCAACUCUCUCAAAUCCCUUCGGUACAGCGCACCCACCCCUCCUUUUAGCCGCAGCAAAUGUCACACGAGCAGUGGUUGCCAACGCGCACCCGCGCAUCUGGCGCUGGCGCGGAGAGAUCCUAAGCGGGCUGUGCACGUGCUGGCUACAUGUUCUCGAGGACGAGAAGGAGAAGAAAACCAACUCCCUGGAUGAAUUAAAGCGUGCGCUGCAGAGUGCGGCAUUCUUGCUCAAACAUGCUUUGCAGAAUCCUAUCCCUGGAGCCGAUACAUCUGUCGAUGGAGAGCAGAGACUGGCCCAGGAGAGUGCAGAGAAGGAGUUGCGGGCACUGGUGGAGGCGGAUGCUAAAUUGGGGGAUCUGCUUUAUGCUGAGGUUGGCAGCUCGGGAGAUGAAAAGAGGUCGUGA